CGCUCUAUCCACUUCUCCCUCUUUUGCCUUGGCGCUUGAAGUGCGUUGCAGACGAUUUCUGACGCAGCCAGCUUCUGCUAGAGAGCCAAGUUAGGAUCACUACUACUUCCCUGUCUGUACCUUGAGAGAAACGGGUUUGAGCUUGUGAGGGAGGAAGGCCAAGCAGUCGAAGGACGCCAUGGCUGCCAUGGCUUCGUUGGCGUCGAGGGGGAUGGCUUACACUCCGGCUGUGAAGGUGAACAGAGACGGAGGGAUGGUGGAGGAAAGUCUUUUGAGUUUUUCAAACGGGUUUCAAACACGGAGCAAUUCCGAGUUUCAGUGCAAGCUAGUGGCGGUGGUAGGGAAGGAGAGGCGGAGAUUGGCAGGGGUUUGGAGUUUUGUGCGGGGGUUUAGUGGGCCGGGAGGGGAGGAAAAUGUCGACUGCUUUCCGUCCAGCAAGGAUGUGCCGAACAUCUCUAUCAGGUCGCAUGCUGCAGAGAUGAAGAAGGGAUACGGAGCUUUUGGUGGGGGUGGUGCGACGUUGGAAAAGUCGAAGCUAGACUUUUCCCAGUCCACGGCUAGGGUUAAACAGGAGGUGGAACUUGGUGGUGGUGGUGGAGGUAUUGGAAAUAAGAAUUUUAAUGGGGGUGGUGAUGGAGGUGACGAUGAUGGCGACGAUGAUGACUACUUCGGUGAGGAUGAUGGCGAUGACGAUGGUGACAACAAGGGAUUGUUCGGAAGGCGUGUGGUAGUUCCUGAGAUGUUCGAUCGAAAAUAUGUGGAAGCAAUCUUACAAGAGUGGUUCAGGACGAUCAGUGAUUUGCCUGCAGGAAUUCGACAGGCUGUCGAACUGGGUUUGAUCAGCUCAGCCCAGAUGGUCAGAUUCUUGUCAGUUAAUGCUAGGCCGACUAUUACUAGGAAGCUGUCGAGGGCGGUCCCUCAGCCAAUUUCAAGGGCCAUUAUUGGACGCAUUCUUGCGGAUCCUGGUUUCUUGUACAAGUUAGCGUUUGACGAGAUUGUGACGGUUGGUAAUGCUGUGUGGUGGGAGUAUCAACAUAGAGGAGAAAGGAUAAGGAAAGAGUGGGACGUUGCUGCAGUGAAUGUGUUGACUCUAGUCGCCAGCACAGCAGCCAUGAACUGGGCGUUAGCCCCUAGCCGAUCUUAUGGUUCAACAUUUAAAUACGAGUUCCAAAAUUCUCUUCAAAAGCUCCCAAACCACGUCUUCGACAAGAGCUAUCCACUUCGAGAAUUUGAUAUGUCAAAGCGAGUAUUUAGUUUCUUCUACAAAGCAGCACAGCUUAGCCUGGUUGGCAUGGUAACCGGGGCUGCCGGGGCAGGCCUAUCCAGAGUAAUGCCUUCAUCUAAAAAGAAAGAAUUGUCGGUGUCGAUCCCUUCAGUCAGCACUAGUGCAUCAAGUUAUGGUGCAUUUAUGGGGUUAUCGGGCAACUUAAGGUAUCAGCUGCUCUUUGGUGCGGAAAGGCUUAUGCAGGACCAUUUCCAACAUUUGGGGGUUGUCAUAUUCUUUUCGGCAGCUCUCAGGGCUUUGAAUGUCCAGAUUGGAGACGUAACUAGACUAGCGUUUUUGGGACAAGGGGAAUUACCUGUUGUUCAUGCCGAUGGAACUCUUUCUCAGGCAUAUCGUCGACCUUCAUUAACUUCGGAGUCGCUAACUGGGUGGAUAAUACCUACCAAGGGUCUUAUCACAGGCCUCUUGGAUGGCUCAAAGGUACAGAAUAAAACUGGCGCUCAACGGCAAACUCCUAAUGUCUUCGCAAAGAGAAAAGUGAAGCGCAAAGUAACUGCUGGAAGUAGGUAAUUUCCAGUGAUUUACACGCGGGAAUUAGUUUAGUUGAAGAUCGAGAAGAUAAUGACCACUUGAGCCAUCCCACAGGAGUGCGCACUCCUCAUACUUGCAGAUCAAGAUCUUGAAGUGGUCUUCUGACUGGGCUAUGAAAGCAUCUCUGUUGGAAACUUAUGACGAACAUGUGCCCUGCAGUCUGAUUCCAUUAAACAUUGUUGUUAGAUUGAGUUGGCCAGUCAGACAUUGAACCAGAUUGUAGGACCUAGAUCUAUGUCGACAGCCGUUUCCGCCGGUGUCCUCUUCCAAAGAUUCAUGUAUAAAUCUUGGAAUACCACCUGCAAAGCAUGAUGUUACAUGAGGAUGAGCAACUGGUUUUCCAUGCGGACACUACUCAGAUUAUCUAACACAAAACAUUUGUGUUGUGUAGCAAUACCACACUUGAUUUCGGAUCAUAACCUGAAUUAUUACAUGGAGCAAUUGUUUCUUGUUCACUCCAA